AUGGCGGUGGCGGUGGCAGUGGACGUCGCUGCUCCGGCCGCAGCCGCGCCACAGAAUGGCACUGCGGUUCUUGCUGAGAACGGGGACGUCGCUGCUCCGGCCGCGCCAAAGAAUGGUACUGCGGCUCCCGCUGAGAACGGGGACGGCGGCGGCUCGGAGCUGCUCGGCGGUCCGCGCUGGACGGGGCUGCACCUUUUCUUCAUGAACGUGAGGAGCGUGUUCAAGCUGGACGAGGUCGGCGCGGAGGUGCUGGGCAUCGCGGUGUCGGCGUCGCUGGCGCUGACGGCCGACCCGCUUGCCUCGCUGAUCGACACGGCCUUCAUCGGCCGGCUGGGGUCCGUGGAGAUCGCGGCCGUGGGCGUCGCCAUCGCGGUGUUCAACCAGGUCAUGAAGGUGUGCAUCUACCCAUUCGUCAGCGUCACCACGUCGUUCGUUGCGGAGGAGCACGCCGUGCUCAGCAAAGGCGGCGCCAAGGUCAUCGACGACGGAGUGGAAGAAGAAGAAGUGGAACAAGGCCCGGACCACACUGCUUCCGGCGCGGACCUGGAGAAGCAGCAGCAGCCAGCCGACGAAGCCGCCGCAAAGAGUGGCGGCGACGAGCUCGCAGGCGGCAAGGGAUGCGCCCCUGCCGUCGUCGCCGGCCGGAGGAGUGGCAAGAAAUCAGGGAACAGGAGGUUCGUGCCGUCCGUGACGUCGGCGCUGAUCGUGGGCGCGUUCCUUGGGCUGUUCCAGACCGUCCUCCUCGUCGCCGCCGGGAAGCCGCUGCUGCGCCUCAUGGGCGUCAAGCCGGGUUCGCCCAUGGUGAUCCCCGCGCUGCGCUACCUGACGCUGCGCGCGCUUGGCGACCCGGUCGUGCUGCUGUCUCUCGCCACGCAAGGCGUCUUCCGAGGCUUCAAGGACACCAAGACUGGCCGGCGACGCGGUAAACAUUGUGCUGGAUCCGAUCCUGAUAUUCGGCUGCCGCAUGGGCGUGAUCGGAGCAGCCAUCGCCCAUGUUCUUUCCCAGUACCUGAUAACGCUGAUGAUGCUGAACAAGCUGGUGAGGAAGGUGGACGUCGUCCCGCCCAGCCUGAAAUGCCUCAAAUUCCGGCGCUUCCUCGGAUGCGGAUUCCUUCUGUUGGCACGGGUGGUGGCCGUGACGUUCUGCGUGACGCUGGCGGCGUCGCUGGCCGCUCGCCACGGGCCGACUGCCAUGGCCGCCUUCCAGAUCUGCACCCAGGUCUGGCUGGCCACGUCCCUCCUCGCCGACGGGUCGCCGUCGCCAGCCAGGCCAUGAUCGCGAGCGCCUUCGCCAAGGAGGACCGCUACAAGGUGGCCGCCACCACCGCGCGCGUCCUGCAGCUCGGCGUCUUCCUGGGCGUCGCCCUCACGGCGCUCCUCGGUGUCGGGCUGCAGUUCAGAGCCGGCGCCUUCACCAGCGACGCCGCCGUCAUCAAGACCAUUCGGAAGGGCGUUCCGUUCGUCGCCGGCACGCAGACGCUCAACACGCUGGCCUUUGUCUUCGACGGCAUCAACUUCGGGGCGUCGGACUACGCCUUUUCUGCCUACUCCAUGAUCGGCGUGGCGGCCGUGAGCAUCCCGUCGCUCGUCUCCCUCUCGUCGCACGGCGGCUUCGUAGCCCUCACCAUCUACAUGGGCGUCAGGGCCCUUGCCAGCACCUGGAGGAUGGCAGCAGCCCAGGGGCCAUGGAAGUUUCUUCGGCAGUGA